AUGGGGGACAUUGGAUUUGUACUACAGAAAACAAGGUAUGGAGACAGCGUCGGUCGAAGUAUAGCUAUCUCCUCUAAAAAGAACGUGUCAGCCCGAAAAUCAACAGGAUUACCGUUCGAACAUGCUCUGGAGUUCCCCGCCUUUCUGGCAACCAGUGCCGACUUGUCGGUCGUGCUGGAAGGUUCACUGGUCAUAUACGCCAUAGUACGAUUGCUAACGUACCAAGCAAAGCGAAGGAAAGUGAAGACGUCUUCUCGCCUUCAAUUCCACCGCCUAGGCCCCGACCUCAGCCCCCGGCUUCACUCCUCGCCGCCAGUCCUCCACGGCUCCACCAACGCACCGCCGGACCCAGUCCACGACCGCUUACCUCGCUGUUCCUGGCAGCAGAAGGAGCUCCUACUUCUCGUUCUGUACGCCGUCAUUUUCUAUGCCAUUGUUAUUCGUCGUUCUCUGCGGCUCUCGCAUGAUCAUGAUGCCAAGCUUUAUGGACUGCGCCCAGGAUGGAUUGGGAGUCUGCCUAAUGAUGCCUCCGAUGCCCAAUGGAGAAAUUUCAGGGGGAACUUGCUCACUCUCACCAUGGUGUUUGUUAUAUUUACAUUGGUUGCCAAAGUGCUUAGAUCAUCGUUUUCUUUGAAAGCAAAGGGGAUGUCUGUUGUCUGGACUCUGAUCUCCUUGGCUUAUCUAUCAUAUCUACAUGGAGCCUGUAUCAUGUUUAUAAUUGCUAUUGCUUCGGCUAAUUUCUUCCUCGUAAAGAUUUUUGGAAGGACAAAGUACUUCUCACUUGUGCUUUGGAUUUUUAACUUAUCAUUUCUUGUAUGUAAUCGUAUUUAUGAGGGAUACAAAUUCUCCAGUUUUGGACAACACUGGGCUUUCUUGGAUUACUUCCGGGGCACCUUCAGAUGGCAUAUAUGCUUCAAUUUUGUUGUACUGCGUAUGAUAAGCUUUGGAUAUGACUACCAUUGGACUGACGAAAAUACUCGUUUUGAUCGAAAGAAGCAUGUUCAGAAUUGUGACCAUUGUUCAUCAGGCAAGACAUGCUACCUGAUCUUACAGGAAAAAAGAGUUACAUCGGACAAAUUCUCUUUUCCAAUAUACUUGUGCUAUUUGGUGUAUGCACCUCUUUAUAUUGCUGGGCCAAUCAUUAGUUUCAACGCAUUUGCUUCGCAGUUGGAUUCUCCCCAGAGCAUUUACUCAACUCAAGAUGUAGCUUGGUAUGGGAUACGUUGGGGUUUUAGUCUUUUGUUGAUGGAAUUAAUGACACAUCUCUUUCACUAUAACGCCUUUGCCAUCAGUCGCUUGUGGAAACAAUUGACUCCCAUGGACAUCUUCAUAAUUGGUUAUGGUGUUAAUGGCAUUGUGGCUCCUGAGAAUAUGCCUAGAUGUGUAAACAACUGCCACAACCUAGAAAGUUUUUGGAAAAAUUGGCAUGCUUCAUUCAACAGAUGGCUUGUUCGGUAUGUGUAUAUACCACUUGGGGGUUCUCGAACAAAGCUGCUGAAUGUAUGGGCCGUCUUCACUUUUGUUGCUGUGUGGCAUGAUUUAGAGUGGUAUUAUUUGCUUCUAAGACUUCUUACAUGGCAGAAAUGGUUACCUUCAUUUGUGACAGCAGAAAUGCUUGUAAAAUCUGCAGCAACUGCCUUCCCGGUUAAGGGUGCUUUCUGGGAAUUUGUUUUCCGUGAACUUAGAGCUGUUGCUGGUGCAAUAACUAUAACUUGUCUGAUGGUAGCUAAUCUUGUUGGUUUUGUAAUCGGGCCAUCUGGCAUUAAUUGGUUGGUUUCUGGAUUCCUCCAAAAGGAAGGUCUGCCCACACUUUCUGCCUUGCUUGUUUCAUUCUAUGUUGGGACCAAGCUUAUGUUUCAUAUCUCAGAUGCAAAGCAAAUAAGAAGGCAGGGCAGGACCAGAUGAUAUACGGAGGUCAGUUCUUGUCUGGAAAAAUACAUGAGCAUGGAGUAUUUUAAAAAUAUUCGAGUCUUUCAUCUUUACUAAAAGAUGUUUUAUUCCCAGUUUAGGUUUUUUUUUAAAAAAAAAAGGGAAUGAAUUGCUACAUUUCCCGACGGAUUGAGUAAUUUUGGUCUUCGUGUAAUCCGACGUAGUUUUCUUCCACUUUUUACAACAAAGUCCAUUGUAAUACUACUCGCUAGCUCAACCCGAAACAAGUAGUUUGGUACCAUCUUAAUUUUCGCUAAUCGUGCAUAAAAAGUUAUUUGGGAGCCUGCAUGUUUCAGUUAUGUGAUUUUCGAAUAUAAACUGAUACAUGCAUACAUACCAA